AUGAUAUCAGCCAACGAUCUGUCGGCAGCCGAAACAGCCGCCGGCGGUAAAGCCAUUGCCGGUGCACAGGUCGGUGGCGGCAAGUUUGGUAAGGCYGGUGCCGCUGGAGCCGUAGCCAAGGGUGCCGGUGCUGCCGGUUUCGGGGCCAAAGCGUUUGGCAAAAAAGGAUUUGCAGCUGGAGGUGCCAAAGGGGCAGCCGGUUUUAAAAAGGGAGGUGCCAUGAAAGCUGGUGCAGCUGCGGGUAAGUUUGGAAAAGCGGGCUUCAAAAAGGGUGCCUUCAAAAAAGCAUUCGCCGCCGGACACAACAAAAAAUAUGCCAAAGUAGCCGUAGUGGCCACCGAUCAGGCCUUCAAAUUCGGUACAAUUGCCGGCAAGUUUGCCACCGGCGGUAAAGCUGGCGGUGCUUUUGCCAAGAAAGGUGUGGCCAAAGCUGCCGGCGCUCAGGGAUUCAAAAAGGGAGCCAAAGGUUUCAAAAAAGGUUUCGGUGCGGCCGGUGCUGCCAAAGGUGGCUUCAAAAAGGCAGCGGCAGCUAAGGGUGCCUUCAAAAAGGCCGGUGCUUUCGGUGCCGGUAAGGCUGGCAAAAAGUUUGGUGCCGUCGCUAAAGGAGUUGUCGGUUGA